UGCUAUAACCUUUUUAUUGGAGCAGCUAGCGCAGUCUGCUUCUUCUAUUUCAUACCUGAAGGCGGAAGUUAGGCUUUGGUAGUUUUGAAGCUUCAGAUCCGAGAUUUAAAACAUUAUCCUCGAGAUUAUAUUCGGUUCCAUAGCUCCAGAAAUCAGAAGAAAGAUGGAAAGCUUUCCACUGCCCUCGUCGUCGUCGUGUCUACUGAUUUCCAGCUCCUCCUCCGUUUCGGGAAGACCAUCAUCCACGAUUUUUUAUCCUCACAGGCGCUUAAGAAAGGGGCAAGCACUCUCCGUUUCCUGCGAUUACUCCUGUUUCGAAAUAAGGGAUGUGUCUUAUCGGCCUCCAGGGACCAAGAUCAACCUAUUGAGUCAAGUCAAUCUUUCCAUCCCUGAGAAAAGUUUUGGCUUGAUAUUUGGACGGAGUGGCAGUGGGAAAACUACUUUAUUGCAGCUGCUUGCAGGGUUAAGCAAACCAACAUCAGGUUCCAUAUAUGUGCAGCGAUAUAGUGAUGAUGGUGAAAAGAUUAAGUCUCCUGAACUCUUACAACCAGAAAGAGUUGGCAUUGUUUUCCAGUUUCCUGAGAGAUACUUUGUUGCUGAUACUGUUCUUGAUGAAGUUACAUUUGGGUGGCCAAGACAAAAGGGUGGCCUUCAAUUAAGAGAGAUUCUUGCUUUGAGACUUCAAAAGGCCAUUACCUCGGUUGGUUUAACAGGAAUAUCUUUGGAUAAGGAUCCCCAUUCAUUAAGUGGUGGCUACAAACGUCGGCUUGCCCUUGCUAUUCAGUUAGUUCAAACACCAGAUUUAUUAAUAUUGGAUGAGCCUCUUGCUGGUCUUGAUUGGAAGGCUCGUGCAGAUGUGGCAAAAUUGUUAAAGCAUCUAAAGAAGGAGCUAACUUUACUUGUUGUCAGCCAUGACCUCAAAGAGUUAGCAUCUUUGGUAGAUCAAUCUUGGAGGAUGGAAAUGGGAGGAGUACUUAAAAGAGAGCCUCUACCAAUUUAAUACUCGGGGAUUUAUUAUGUUCCCAGCCAUUAGUUUCUGAUGCAAUGGAUGAGGUAUGGCACAACUAUUAGGCCUCUUUUUUUUCACGCUCUUUCAGUUAUGGCUGAUCCUAGUUAGACUGGGAAAAUAAUAAGAAUUGAGGAGUAGUAAAUAAAGCUCAAAAUGAUAAAAACGGACAUGGUUGAGUUACCAUUGUAACAAGAGUGAAAUUCUGAUCUUUUACUUUAAUUAGAGGUGUCAAAUAAGCAGGUUGGGUUAAAGUCCAAGCCACCCGAAGUUUGCUUGGGUCAAGAUGGUUUGAUUUAGAAAGGGCUGAGAGGCAUGUCAUAACCCACUCCGCCCAAGUAAACCAAAUAUAUUUGUCAUGGCUCACUAUGCAACAAAGAUCAUGUUUUUAAUUCAAACCACAGAUCUUAAAUAUAAUGUAUGUGUGUUUUAGAUGAACAGAAGAAGACUUUUGGAGCAUGCAAAUCAGAUGCAACUUUCUGUGUUUCUAUGUUAUUGAGUGAGGUUGCUCUAAUGGUUAGAGCACUUACUUUCAACCAAGAGGGUGGGAGUUUGAGUCACUCAUGGGAUAAAGUGGAAAAGGACCAAAUAUCCUGAGCAGGAGGGCUUUCUGGGUUGGAUUUAUCAUAUUUUGUUUUUAAAAGAAGUGCUUUAAACUUGCUGGUGUUUCUUUGCUUCUUCUGAAGUCUAUGUUGUCAACGGAUCACAUACUAGUUAUCGCUUCUCAGUUUAACUAAGUAAACUGUAUGGUCUGCGGGUAUUGAUGUCAAGGCAGCAGUCUUGCUCUGAUUUCAUUUCUUUUUUGGCCAAGCGCUAAUUGAGCUGGGCAGUACCAGGGACUCGAGGAAUCCUACUUGGAUGAAGUGAUAAUCUUGUAGUAUGUCCCUAAAGCAUUGGGACGUAAAGAGAAUCCUAGUAAAAAAUUGUUUAUAAGAUCAGUGUAAAGGUGAAGACAUAUUGUGGUUUUGGAGAUAAGUACUUGUCUUUAGAGUUUAGUCUCUGAGGUCUAAUUAAUUACAAACAAUUCUUAGGUCAUCAGUUUACUUAUUGUCAAAUUGAGUCCUUAGUUAUUUGUUGUUGAGUUCCUGAAGGUAGAAGCGUAAAUAUCAGUCACGUGUCUAGUUUGUUAUGAAGUUGAUUCUGCCUUUCUUUAUAUUCCUUUGUACUCGUCCAUUUCCAGCUAUGUUGAAUGGAAAAUCAAAUUUUUGCUUUCUUA